GCGGGGCUGGCGGGCCCUGUCCGCGGGGCGCUGCGCGGCCGCGGGAUGCGGCGGAGCCGGGCUCCGCGGAUGGCGCUGGCCGCCGGGCUCGGCUCCUUCCUGCUGGGCGUCUUGUACUUCCAGAGCAGCUUCCACCCAGCAGAAGAUGGGGUUAUGGGAUCAACCUGGCAGGGUAAAGCUGGUCGCAGCCCACUCCAGGCCCUCUAUGAGAGUGACCAGUUUGAGCAGUCGUCGCUGCAGGCAGUUCACCAGCAGAGACGGGAGCUGUUGAGCAACAUCUGCAACCGCUACACCCGCAAGCGUCGUCUCCUGCGCCCGGAUGACCUGCGGCACUUGGUGGUGGACGACACACACGGGCUCCUCUACUGCUACGUGCCCAAAGUGGCCUGCACGAACUGGAAGCGGGUGAUGAUGGUCCUGACGGGGCAAGGCAAGUACCGGGACCCGCUGGAAAUCCCUGCCAACGAGGCGCAUGUCUCGUCCAACCUGCGCACCCUCUCCGAGUACAGCGUCCCUGAGAUCAACCACCGCCUGCGCAGCUACCUCAAGUUCCUCUUUGUGCGGGAGCCCUUCGAGCGCCUGGUCUCGGCGUAUCGCAACAAGUUCACCCGCAGCUACAACACGGCCUUCCACAAGCGCUACGGCACCAAGAUCAUCCGGCGGCACCGGCAGGAGCCCAGCGACGCGGCGCUGGAGCGCGGCGAUGACGUGCGCUUCGAGGAGUUCGUCUAUUACCUGCUGGACCCACGGACGCAGCGGGAGGAGCCCUUCAAUGAGCACUGGGAGCGGGUGCACUCGCUCUGCCACCCGUGCAUCGUUCACUACGAUGUGGUGGGCAAGUAUGAGACCUUGGCCGAAGAUGCCAACUACAUCCUCCAGCUGGCUGGGGCCGACACGAGCAUCAAGUUCCCGUCUUCAUCCAAGACCACCAGGACGACGGAUGACAUGACGGCCCAGUUCUUCCAGGACAUUAGCCCUUUCUACCAAAGGAGACUCUUUAAUUUAUACAAAAUGGACUAUUUGCUUUUCAACUACUCCAUCCCCUCCUACCUCCGCAUCCGAUGAGGCAGGGACUGGGGGGAGAGGUGAGGGAGAGCUGGGUAACUCUCAUCUUGCCACAGUUCCUCUCCUCCCACUCUGUGCUGAUCUCUUGGUUGACUUCCUCCCUAUGCCCUCUCCAUUAUGGUCUCCUGAUCCUGAUGGUCUCCACAUCCUGAUGCCGUGUUCAUGCAUGGAUUGGAGGGAAGACAUCUCUCAAAACACUGGGGCUGGAGCUUUUCCUUCCCUUUCCCUCCACCCUUCAUCUCCAGGGGAUGGUGGUGGGACCGGACAUUGCUGGGUGGGAGGGCUUGCCUUGGAUGGGGACUUUCUUUUAACUAAGAGACUCCUCUGUAGCUCCAAGUCUUGGGAAGGCUCCUUUUUUCGGGCAGGAUCCCUUGAGGUCUUUCCCCUCCUCACUGAGCUGUUUGGGGUGGACAUGGCAUCUCGGGGAGGGGCAGGGUCGACUGUGUCAGAGACUUGCAUAGCUCCUGAAAUAAAGCAAUAAUUUAAUGUAA